UGAGGGGAUGGCUUACUUGAAUCGUCACUAUCUACCACUUUGCUGUUGCAUCCUAAUAAGAAUCACUAAAAACAGCCUAUUCCACAAUGCUAAUUUCAAAUACUAUCCAAGACGGAGACUUUGCGUUUGAGGCAAAUCCACCGCCUCCAGUUCCCUAUGUCAAGGGCCAUCGCUUUACGGUCCGCUCGCAGAACCCACCGGCCCCAGCGCCCAUCACAGAGUCCUGUAGCCUAACAAAGGAAGCGGACAUUGAACGUCGAACGGUUCCCCCACUUCAGCGUUGCAUUUUGCACCCUCCUGUGGGUGGCUCAGACGGCGACUCUAUGGUCACUUUCGAGGUAUCCCAUGAAAUCCGGGCGGGAGAAGACCACAGUGCCCAAAUUGUUGCUGUUAACAUUCUUAAUACCAGCCCUGAUUGUCCCAAAACCCUUCAGGGCGUCACUACAGCAGUUGCCAAGCUAUAUGAUCCUCUCUAUUUUGACCACAGCGAUGAUGACACGGACCCUUUCCUCUGUGUUAAGUGCCAUUAUUCGCGCGAAGCAGCCUCAUAUGCUAGGCUCUCUGACCUCCAAGGCACGGUGAUACCAGCUUACUAUGGCUCGUACUCUCUUGAACUUCCCGUGGAUGAGCCAUCCUCUAAGACACGUACAGUUCGGCUCAUUAUGAUUGAGUACAUUUCUGGGUUUUCAAUGCGCGAGCUUCGACCACGGGAUUUCUCUCAGCUGCAACGGAAGCAAAUUAUCAAACAAAUUAUCGAUGGAGAGUCCGCCAUUUAUACCCGCGAUGUGCGGCUUAGUGACCUACACCCAAGAAAUGUGAUGGUGGAGCAGGACCCUAACUCCAAAGAAAACAGAAUCAAAAGGGUCAUCCUCUUGGACUUUGGAACUAAUAUAUUAUCUCGACACUGGCUUGGGAUCCCUGAGGAAGAGCAGAAACUAUUACCUGGGACCUAUAUAUCUCCUUUGCUUCGCUGGCAUAAGGUAUGGAGGAUGGUAAACAGCUUCUCCGACUGGGUUGACUGGGAUUACCAGCCUUGGCUUCGGGCUGAAUAUGCGCAUACAGCAUCCUCCGUCACACCAUAUAUGAAGUCACAGUGGCUCUCAGAUUUUAUUUUCGAAAGACGGAACAUGAAGCGGGACGAUGAGGGUCUGUAUUAGAUUAGUUAAACUCACUGUCCAGAACCAAAUAGGUCGCUGUUUUGCCACAAGUUCCUGCCUUAUCGUUAGCAACGAGGUUAUUCCUGCCGUCUGCGGUCUUUCUUUCUGUGUUAGCCAACUUUGGCAUUAUCUACAACAUGAAUGCAGCAGAGGAGAAUAAACAUCCCC